ACAUGUUGUGUCUGUAAAAUCAAAUGUUACAUACGAUAAAAUGUUUAACAUCGCAUAAAAUCAACAAAAUCUAUGACGAGAGCUUAAUACUCACGAGUCGUCAGUACAUCAGCUACACUAAUUUACUAUGACUACUAGUAAGAAAAUGAAAACAGUUAACCUAAAAAACACUCAAUUAUAUGACGUAAUUGGUCCUCCCGAUCCAGUUUCAAAUUUGAGACCUAUCAUAUUUGCUCAUCCACCGAAAGAAACGUAUUCGGAGAAAAAAUACAGAGAACUUAGAAGUGAGACUCAUCAAUGGAACCAGGCAUUUUGGUUCAGGCACAAUACCAAUUUUAUUGAGGAACGAAAACAAUUUCAAGAACGUUUUAAAGCUCAAGGAAAACCAACUAUAACUGCAGAUGAUAUGUCAGUAUUUUAUAAACAAUUCCUAGACAAAAAUUGGCAAUCUCACUUUAAUUAUAACAUUGCAUGGUACAGAAGAAAUCUAAAAAUUUUGUUUCUUGGAAUAGCAGCAAAACUAUCUAAGCUUAGAUUUAAAUAAAUUUGUUUUAAUUGUAAAUAUAAGAAAAUUUGUAAAUAAAAUAAUAAUAUAUUAUGAAUU